AUGAAGCUCCUCGUAACAUCAUUCUGGUUCUUCUCAUGCGACCUUCUCUACGUUAAAGCAGAAGUGGACGAAAGUGGCCAUUUCCGUGGGCUCGGUCCUGUGAACGGCGAUCCUAACGACAAAUACUAUCACAUGCAGAAGGCUUAUCUUGAGGCCAUCUCUGUCCCGGAGGCUUGGGAUAUCGUGGACUCUGGUCCCAAGAGGACACCUGUGACCAUCGCAGUUAUUGACGACGGAAUCGAGGCAACUCACCCUGACUUGAAGGAUAUCGUCAUCAAGGGCUACAACGUCGUUGAUUAG